AACCACUGUCAAAGUCGAACCUCACCCAACAUCCAAAUUUCUACACAAAAACCUAAUUGAAGAUGUUAAUCAUAGGCCUAACCGGCUCAAUCGCAACGGGCAAAUCGACCGUCUCGUCCCUCCUCUCCUCACCGCCCUACUCCCUCCCGAUCAUCGACACAGACCUACUAGCCCGCAAGGUCGUCGAACCCGGCACAGAAGGCUACAAAGCCAUCGUGAAUUACUUCGGCCCGACAACGCCGGACCUUCUCCUCCCAGCCUCCCCCCCAGAGUCAGACUCCCCCUCCCCCACCACCACCGAUGACUCCCGCCCCCUCAACCGCCUCGCCCUCGGCCGGCGCGUCUUUGGCACAACCGAAGACCGCAAACGCGACCGCAUGAUCCUCAACAAGAUCGUGCACCCCGCCGUCCGCUGGGAAGUCUACAAAGCGCUGUGCUACCACUACCUCCGCGGCCACUGGGCGGUGGUGCUCGACGUGCCGCUGCUGUUCGAGAGCGGCAUGGAUCUCAUCUGCGGGACCGUCGUUGUCGUCGGCGUGCGCGAUCCCGCCGUGCAGAUGGAGCGGCUCCUUGCGCGGGACCGGCAUCUUAGUGCCGAGGAGGCCGAGAAUCGCGUUAAGAGCCAGGGGGAUGUCAUGGGGAAGGUGGCGCGUGCGGAGUUCCGGGGAAAGGCGCGGGGUCUGGUGGUUUGGAAUGAUGGCGAUAAGAGGCAGCUUGAGGAGGAGGUUCGGUCCGCUUUGCAGGUCGUGAGUGCGUCGAGUCCCAGGUGGUGGGCUUGGGUUUUGUUGGUUCUGCCUCCUGAGAUGAGUAGUGGAUGA